UACAUUCUCUCCUCUCAUGAAAGAAGACGGUUAGGGGUAGUUUAAGACAAGUCGUUGCCAGGAAACAAAGCAUUGGUGGUAUUUCGCGUAUUGACUGUUAGGUAAUUCCAGGCCAGAGAACAAGGAAUAAUGACGUUUGAUUUGUUAGGAUAGUGAUCAAGUUUGUCUCUUUAUGAAAAUCCAAUUUCUGAUAUAUUUAUCAUGGAUUAGCCUUUUCGGGCUCCAAUGUUGAAUUGGUGAUUUUAGGGUUUUUAUUUGGAUUCCUAUUUUGAAUGUCCUCCUCGGAAUGCAAGUUUAACUGCCUCGUCGAAUCGGUAUUAGGCGGUUAGGCGCUUAUCCUAAAGGUAACUUGUGCAUUACUGCUGCUAGGUUGGAAUUUGAGUUUCUGACAUCAUGGGAGCUUGCUUGACAAAGAAUCACGAUGAUGGUGAUGGUGAUUCUGAUCACGACAUUGACUUUGCUGGUGGUAAUGUGCACCUGAUUACCAAAAAAGAGAGUUGGGAACAGAAAUUGUCACAAGCAAAUAAAGACGGAAAGAUCGUAAUUGCGAACUUCACUGCAACAUGGUGUGGUCCUUGUAGAAUGAUUGCGCCAUUCUACAGCGAGUUAUCUGAGAAAUACCCGUCUUUAAUGUUCUUGGUGGUCGAUGUUGACGAACUAAGUGAUUUUAGCAGUGGAUGGGAUAUCAAGGCCACUCCUACAUUCUUCUUUCUUAGAGAUGGCCAGCAAAUUGACAAACUUGUAGGAGCCAACAAGCCAGAACUACAGAAGAAGAUAACUGCUGUAUUGGAUUCAAUCGGCCCUUGUCAAAAAUGACUCUGCAGUGCUUUAUGUUCAAAAGGCCAGUGGAUUAUGCAAUGUUUUCAGUCUAUAUGUUGCAGAUUUGUAAUGUAUAUAUGUCUCUUUGUUGUGGACAUAUAUUUAUUGUUGAAAAAUUUUGGGUUCUUGACCAGGGGGUGAUGGAAAUUCAUUGCAGUCCGAUGUAAAGUGAGGUGAAUGUAUGAAUUUUUUUUUUUUCA